AUGACAUUCCUCAACCUCGCCGGCAUCGCUUACACCUUGUCCAAACACGGCGCCAUGAAUAUCCAACCCAAAGACAACCGCCGCGUCCAUGGAAUCCCUCUUGACCGAAAAACCAACACCAACGGGAGUUUACUCGUGUUCCUUGUCCCCCCAACGGCCGAGAAAGUCAGUUCUUUCAGCUACCAGGCGUCGAUGAAAGCCUCCGGCGUCCAGAAGCUCUUCAAGAAACUCGGGGCGAAUCCAGACUUCCUCCGCAACAAGGUUGGCUGGCACGACUACCGGUAG